CUUCCGGAGUUGCGCGCGCGCUCGCUCUGGCCUGCAGCGUCAUCUUGAGGGGCCGGUUUGAAUGAGACCCUGAGGGAGGGAAGCGCAGUUCCUGCUGCUUCUCGUGCCUUGAGGCGCUGCCGCCGCCCCACCCCCACCCCUUGCCCGUCGCUCUCGCUGGUCGUCCGUUCGGCGCCGACAUGCCGCUUUUCUCAGUUAAUGUAAAAUGGGGCAAGGAAAAAUUUGAUGGUGUGGAACUGAAUACAGAUGAACCUCCCAUGGUAUUCAAAGCUCAACUUUUUGCUUUGACUGGAGUUCAGCCAGACAGGCAGAAAGUGAUGGUGAAAGGUGGCACUUUAAAGGAUGAUGACUGGGGCAACCUUAAAAUAAAAUCUGGAAUGACCUUAUUAAUGAUGGGUUCUGCUGAUGCAUUACCUGAAGAACCAGUAGCCCGGCCUGUCUUUGUGGAAGAUAUGACAGAAGAACAGUUAGCCUCAGCAAUGGAAUUGCCAUGUGGUUUAACAAACCUUGGGAAUACUUGUUACAUGAAUGCAACAGUUCAGUGUAUUCGCUCUGUGCCAGAACUGAAAGAGGCCCUAAAGAGGUAUGCUGGUGCCUUAAGAGCCUCAGGAGAAAUGGCCUCUGCUCAGUACAUUACUGCAGCUCUUAGAGAUUUAUUUGAUUCCAUGGACAAAACCUCCUCUAGUAUCCCUCCCAUCAUUCUCCUCCAGUUCUUACAUAUGGCCUUUCCCCAGUUUGCGGAGAAAGGAGAUCAAGGCCAGUAUCUCCAACAGGAUGCCAAUGAAUGCUGGGUACAGAUGAUGCGAGUGCUACAGCAGAAGCUAGAAGGGAUAGAAAGUGACACAGUUAUGGAAACCGAUUCUGGAGCUUCAGGAGCAGCAGCAUCACCACCCAAAAAGAAGAGCUUAAUUGACCAAUUUUUCAGUAUUGAAUUUGAAACUGUCAUGAAAUGUACAGAAGCAGAAGAGGAAGAUGUAACAAAAGGAAGAGAGAAUCAACUCCAGCUUAGUUGUUUUAUCAAUCAAGAAGUUAAAUAUCUUUUCACGGGUCUUAAACUGCGUCUUCAAGAAGAAAUUACCAAACUCUCUCCUACGUUGCAAAGGAAUGCCCUUUACAUAAAAUCUUCCAAGAUAAGUCGCUUGCCUGCCUAUCUAACUAUUCAGAUGGUUCGUUUCUUUUACAAAGAGAAGGAAUCAGUGAAUGCCAAAGUUCUUAAGGAUGUUAAAUUUCCACUUAUGUUGGAUGUAUAUGAACUGUGUACACCAGAACUUCAAGAAAAGAUGGUCUCAUACAGGUCAAAAUUCAAGGAUCUAGAAGACAAAAAAGUAAAUCAGCAGCCAAAGAAUUCUAGUAAAGGUGAUGGUGCACAGAAGGAAGUUAAAUUUGAGCCAUUUUCCUUUCCUGAUGAUAUUGGCUCUAAUAACUGUGGUUAUUAUGACCUCCAGGCAGUGCUAACACAUCAGGGAAGAUCUAGCUCUUCAGGACACUACGUAUCUUGGGUUAAAAGAAAACAAGGUACCAAAGCAACUUUAGAAGAUGAAUGGAUUAAAUUUGACGAUGACAAAGUCAGCAUUGUUACACCUGAAGAUAUUUUGAGGCUCUCAGGCGGUGGAGACUGGCAUAUAGCAUAUGUUCUGCUUUACGGGCCACGCAGAAUUGAAAUAAUUGAAGAUGAAGCCGAACAAUAGACUUCAUUUCUACCCAUUUCUGCCUAGGUGUGAAAUAAAUUUAACUCCAGAGGUUCAUGGAGUUUGCAAUGUUAGUCAUCAAUCUGUCAUUUGGAGCAGCAAGGUGAACAUCCAUUUGAAACUGAUCUCUGCCAUUCAGCAUUUAAUAUUUUUAGUUACCCUUUUAAAAAAAUACAAUUUUAAAACUAAUGAUGAAAUUUCAAUGGCCCUUUUCCACUAACAUUAUCUGGAAGAUAUUUAUUGCACACCUAUUAAUACAUCAUUUGUUGUUAACUCUUGCAUGGUUUCUACCAGUUCAGUAGCUGUCCAUCCUUAUUGUGUCUGACAAUUCUGUCAGAAUGGUGAAAAAUCAAUUAUUGCCCAAACAUGUAACUCAGUGCUGCUGCUCAUAGCCCAUGGAAAUACGGCUACAAUCACGUAUUUGUCUAGCUUGACCUGCCACCUCAGACGGAUCUGCUGCUGGCAUUUCAUGACUUUAAAUAAAUGGUGAUCAAUAAUAUUGGUGCUUUUAAUGUAAAUAUAGCUGCAUUUUGUCUUCUCUCUCAAGCUGAAUAGUACAUAUCCAUAUAUCUAAUUCUCAGCGUGACCCCAACUGUGGAUACAAACGUGAGAAAAGCCCCAGGUUUGCAGAAAAGUUUGGGGGGAAAUACAUUGAUAGGCUUCAACUGCCCCUCCAUCUCUGCAAUAAAAGAAGCAGCAAGUUUCUUUAUUAAGA